CAGCAGAGCUGGCCUGGGCUGUGGCAGGAGGCCGAGGGGCGGGCCAGGCCCUGAGGGCGGAGGCGCUCUGCCGGGUCACAGCGCCGGGCUUCGGCGGGAAGAUGCGGCUGCGGCUCCUGGCGCUGGCGGCGGCCGUGUUGCUGGGUCCGGCCCCGGAGGUAUGUGGUGCUCUCAAUGUCACUGUGUCCCCAGGACCUGUGGUUGACUACUUGGAAGGGGAAAAUGCCACUCUCCUCUGCCACGUCUCCCAGAAGAGACGGAAGGACAGCUUGCUGGCUGUGCGCUGGUUCUUUGCCCCUGAUGGCUCCCAGGAGGCCUUGAUGGUGAAAAUGACCAAGCUUCGGGUAAUUCAGUACUAUGGGAACUUCAGCCGUAUUGCCAACCAAAAGAGGCUGCGUCUGCUGGAGGAGCGCCGGGGGGUACUGUACAGGCUGUCUGUCCUGACGCUCCGGCCAGCAGAUCAGGGGCAGUAUGUCUGCAAAGUACAAGAGAUCAGCAAGCACAGGAACAAGUGGACAGCCUGGUCCAACGGCUCCUCAGCGACAGAGAUGAGAGUGAUCUCCCUCAAAGCUGCUGAAGAUUCACCAUUUGAGAAAAAGAAAGUGACCUGGGCAUUAUUUGAAGAUCUCUAUGUGUAUGCUGUCCUUGUGUGCUGCGUGGGGAUCCUCAGCGUUCUCCUCUUCACCCUGGUCAUCGCCUGGCAGUCGGUGUUUCACAAGAGGAAAUCUAGAGUGAGACAUUAUUUGGUGAAAUGUCCUCAGAACAGCUCAGGUGAGACUGUCACCAGUGUGACCAGCUUGGCCCCACUGCAGCCACAGAAGGGCAAGAGGCAGAAGGAGAAGGCAGAUGUCCCUCCUGCAGUCCCUGCCAAAGCUCCGAUCGUCGCCACUUUCCACAAACCAAAGCUGCUGAAACCCCAGAGGAAGGUCGCCCUGCCAAAGAUCGCUGAGGAAAACUUGACCUAUGCCGAGCUGGAGCUGAUCAAACCACGCCGUGCCGCCAAGGGCGUCCCCAGCAGCACCGUGUACGCGCAGAUCCUCUUUGAGGAGAACCAGCUGUAGUGACGCCUCUCCUCGGGCCGCCACCUGCUCCCUCUAUUUAUGACACUCUGAAACAGAGGCCCUAUUUUUGUAUUUUCACACGUGCCUUCACUGUGAUGGGGAGCCCCUUCCCAUGGCAGUCUCGUGUCUUCUAAGAGGUACGCACUCCCCAGGAAAGAGAGGCCACAGCCUUGGGCUAUGUCUCCUCGCACAAGAGGUCCCUGGCCUGAUCCUGAGGUGCGAGGACUCUGCUUCCAGGAGAAUCAGCUGAGCCAACCCUUAUCACCUUCUCUUCUUUUCCUGAGUCUUAAUUUGUUGAAUAACAAGUUAAAUCUCAAUUUCAAUCUGCCACCCUCACUGUGUCUAAGACAUCAAGCACCCAGUUUAUAGCCACAGGAAAUGCCUGUAGAGGUCACAGAGAGAGGUGGGAUAUAUGGACUCACUGGUUCUCUGAGGCUCAGAUGUGUUGCCGGGACACCCAGAGCACAGCAAGCCCCCAGUUGUGAUGGCAGGCAGCCACUUAUGAUGGCAUCCAUUGUUUUUAAUAGAUGCUCUGAAGCUGGCCGUGUAAGGG